AUGUCAGACAAAAACAAUUCAACAAGUGGAGAUACAUCUAUCUCAUCAUCAUCAUCUACUUCACAAUUGAGUAGUUCAUUACUCAGAUUGAAAUUAUUGGAUGCUUUAAGAGGUGGUGAUAAUCAGAAGAUUGAUUCAAUUAUAAAUGAAUUAGCUUCAUGUAAAACUCAUACUUUACAAACUCAAGAUAUUGUUCAAUUAAAAGAAACAAUAUUCCAUUAUGCUGUUCAAGUUGCUUCCUUAAAUGUAUUACAAUUCUUAAUUUCAAAUCUGAAUAAAUAUAAUAUUGAUAUAAAUGCUCAAGAUAAAGAUGGUAAUACUCCUUUACAUUUGGCAGCAAUGGCAAAUCGUUUAGAUAUUGUAAAAUAUUUAUUAUCAUUACCAAAUAUUAAUGAUACAAUUGUUAAUUUAAAUAAAAAACAACCAGUUGAAGUAUGUAAAGAUGUAACUAUUGCUCAAUUGAUGCAAUUUGAACGUGCAAAAUUUGUGGAAAAAUCUGCCGGUGAAUUAAGAGCCUUUUUCAGUAAUCGAGAUUUUCAAAAUUUAGAAAAUUUAUUAGUCAACAAUCCAAGAGCUUCAGAAUUAUUAGAUAUUAAUGGUGCUGAUCCUGAAACUGGUAACACUGUCCUUCAUGAAUUCAUUUCCAAAAAUGAUAUUGAAAUGUGUGAUUGGAUUUUAAAACAUGGCGGUGAUCCAUUCAAAAGAGAUAAAAGAGGGAAAUUACCAAUUGAUUUAGUUCAUUCUAACGAUCGAUUAAAAAAAUUACUUAAAUCAGCAAGAAAGGAUCAAAAUAUCAUGGAUCCAGUAGCAACUACCAGUAACGCAAUCAAAACUGGUAAUGCUCCCACUUACAAAGGUUAUUUACGUAAAUGGACCAAUUUUGCUUCUGGUUAUAAAUUAAGAUAUUUCAUCUUGGAUCUGCAAGGAAUUUUAUCUUAUUAUACUAAUCAAGAAGAUACAAAUAAUGCAUGUCGUGGAUCCAUAAAUUUAGCAUAUUCAUCAUUGCAUUUAGAUUCUUCAGAAAAACUGAAAUUUGAAAUCCAUGGUAAGAAUGGACUUAGUUGGCAUUUAAAAGCAAAUCAUCCAAUUGAAACUAAUAGAUGGGUAUGGACAUUACAGAAUGCAAUCACAAUCGCUAAAGAUAACAUAAAGAGAAAACGUACCUCAACUGGAGGUGGUGGCAUGAUUGCUGAAAAUGAUGAAUCAUCAACACUUGAGAACCCUCCAGUUAGGCAUAGCAUUGAUGUUUACGGACCUUACGCAGGUAAUGGACAAGAAGAAAAGAAACCUAGUCGACUUAAAAGAAUCGGCCGUAAAUUCAAGAGCCACAGCAGAACUUCAAGUCAAGUCUCACUUACUUCUUUUACUUCCGAAUCUCAUGAUGAAUUAGGGAAAAGGAUGUCCCGAUUGUCUCGAAGUAUGGAUGAACAAAUUAGUACUCGAAACUCAUCAGGCUUUGAAUAUGGUAUUGGUGAUUUAGAAACUGGUAUUCCCGAUGAGGAGGAUGAUUAUGACAGUGACACCGAAUCAAGUCAAGAUUUAACACCCUUGAAUGACCAAGCUGCGGCUUUGAAAAGGUCCCUCGACGUCGAAUUGGCAUGUUUACUUGAUCUUUUCGAACAAGCCAACAAGGAAGAAAAUCUCCAAUCUGAUUCAAAACAGGCAAUCGAAGUUUAUCAUGUCGGAAAAUCCACCAUUGAAUCAAUUGUUGACUUAAUCAAGAAAUAUAACACUAUUAUUGAAACUCGUGACUCUAAAUUGAAACGUAGUUUAGAAAGACAAUUAGAAAUCAAUAAAUUAUGGGAGAGUUCAAUUCAACAACUUGAACAAGAAAUGAAGGAUCGUGAAACAAAAUUAUUAGAAUAUCAAGAUCAAAAGAAACAACUAAAGAGAUUGAUUGGAAAGCAGCAAUCAUUCCCAUCACCAGUCCUAUUAGCAAAAGAAGAAGAACUUGUUUCUCCAUUACCUUCCAAAACUGGUUCAAAUGAAUUUUAUUCACCAACUCGUGCAUUAAGUCCCAAACCAGUUGAAGAACAAAUUAGAGAAGUGGAUCAAAUGUUGAAGCAGGACGAGAAACCACCUGUUUUGGUUAGCGGAGGUGUUGAAGUUCAAAUUAAUGAUAUUCUUGGAGAAGAUUCCGAUAAUGAUGAAUUCUUUGAUGCUGACGAAUUUGAAGAUGAAGAAGAAGUGAUAUUUGAACAGCCGGCGGAGGAGAUUGAAAUCGAGGAAAAAUUGGUUCCAAGUGUAGAAAUUGCCAAAGCAGUCGAAGUGGAAGAAGAAACAGCCGAAGUGGAAGAAGAAGAAGUUGAAGGACUCAAUCCUGUUCAAAAGAAUGCUCUCCAAUUAAUCAAGAAGGAAGAAUCAUUUAAAGGGUACGAAAAUCCACCAAGAAAGAAAUUAUCCAUGGAUGAAGAUAAUAGACCGAAAGUUGGUCUUUGGGGAAUUUUGAAAUCCAUGAUUGGUAAAGAUAUGACAAGAAUGACCUUACCUGUUUCAUUUAAUGAGCCUACUUCAUUAUUACAAAGGUUGACUGAAGAUAUUGAAUAUUGUCUGUUAUUAGAUCAAGCAUGUCAAUUUGAUGAUUCUACCUUACGUUUGAUCUAUGUUGCCACAUUUGCUGCCACUGAAUAUUCUUCCACCAUUAAUAGAAUUGCGAAACCAUUUAAUCCUCUUUUGGGAGAAACAUUUGAAUAUUGUCGUCCGGAUCAAAAUUAUCGUUUAAUUGUUGAACAAGUUAGUCAUCAUCCACCUAUUAGUGCUUGUCAUGCUGAUUCACCUAAAUGGGAUUAUUAUGGAGAGAACGCAGUUGAUUCGAAAUUCACUGGGCGUUCAUUUGAUUUCAAGCAUUUAGGUAGGAUGUUUUGUGUCCUUCGUCCUGAUCACGGGGUGGUAGAUAGAGACAACAAAGUUGUCCCAGAAGAGCUUUAUACGUGGAAAAAAGUCAAUACCGCCGUUGUUGGUAUUAUGCUAGGAAACCCUACAGUUGAUAACUAUGGAAAAAUGAUUGUCGAAAAUCGCACCACGGGAGAUCUGAUUAUCGUCGACUUGAAACAACGUGGAUGGAGAGCAUCUUCAGCCUAUCAACUAUCAGGACAAGCCCUUGAUCGUUAUGGCAAACCACAGUGGGCCAUGGGCGGUCACUGGAAUUCGAAAAUAUACGCCAAGAAGAUCCCUCAACAUGAGUCAAUCGAGGAUAUUGAACAACAACGACAAAGAAGAAAUUCAUUAUUGGAAGAACCAUCAAGUCGAGCAGUCACGACAACUGAUCCAUUCCAGGGACUGAAAUUCUUGGUUUGGCAAGUUGCUCCUCGUCCAAAAGUCCCAUUCAACUUGACUCAAUUUGCAGUCACAUUGAAUGGAAUUGAUGAUAAUUUGAAAUCAUGGCUAGCACCUACUGAUACCAGAUUAAGACCUGAUCAAAGAGCAAUGGAGAAUGGUGAGUAUGAUUUUGCGGCAGAUGAGAAGCAUAGGGUAGAAGUUAAACAGAGGGCGGCCAGAAAAGCGAGAGAUGAAAGUGGAGCCCCAUAUAUUCCUAAUUGGUUCAUUAAGAAGAAACAUCCAAUUACUGGUGAUGCAUUUUGGGAGUUUAAUGGGAAGUAUUGGAAAGAGAGACAAGCAAAGAGAUUGGCUGAUACUGGCGAUAUCUUUUAG